CUUUCCUAAUCCAUUUCAUCAUGGCUAAUGUCCGGAUUAAGCAGCUGCAAGAUGAUUUAGAAGCAGUUCAAAAGAAAACAUUCACCAAAUGGAUAAACUCCCAUUUAUCUAAAGUUGGGCUCCACGUGAAUGAUCUUUUCAAAGAUCUUUGUGAUGGUAGAGCUCUAAUAAGACUCCUCGAAAGGCUCUCCGGGGAAGAUCUGGGACCAGUCGGUCGAGGGAGACUAAGGAUCAACCAGAUAGAGAACGUUGGUAAAGCUCUGGCGUUUCUUCAGAAGAAAAAUGUAAGUUUGCCAUCUACUGGAGCAGCUGAUAUUGUUGACGGGAACCCUCGUCUGACCCUGGGUCUGGUUUGGACCAUUAUUUUGAGAUUUCAAAUUCAAAGCAUUCAACUAGACGACUCAAGUGACAUCAAAUCGGCUAAAGAGGCACUAUUGCUCUGGUGCCAAAGAAAAACAUCAGGUUAUCCUGGUGUUGAUGUUCAAAACUUUACCACCAGUUGGAAGGACGGCUUAGCUUUUAAUGCUCUUAUCCACAAGCACAGACCUGAUCUUGUGGACUAUCCUUCUCUGAGCUCCAAGAACCCUAUAGCAACUCUAAACAAUGCUUUUGAGGUUGCCGAAAAACAGCUUGGUAUACCACGUCUUUUAGAUCCAGAAGACUUGAUGGUACCUUAUCUCGACGAGAAGUCAAUAAUGACAUACCUUGUGUCUUAUUAUCAUUAUUUCUCAAGACUAAAAGCAGAAGAAACUGGAGGAAGAAGACUCAAUAAAAUUAUUGGCAUAUUAGUGGAAAUUGAUAAAUUAAAAGAAGAAUAUCUAAUCCAGACUAGCGAUCUAUUGAAAUGGAUUGAAGAUACUAUACUGAAACUUAGUGACAAGAGGUUUCCGAACACUCUGGAAGGGAUGCACCAGUUAAUGAUAGCCUUCAAAACAUACAGGACGAAAGAGAAACCAUUAAAGUAUGCUGAGAGGACUAAUCUAGAAGUCCAGCUGUUUAACGUUCAGAUGAAACUAAGGUCAAUACAUCAGAAGAACUGGUACCCUCCUGAAGGGAAACUGGUAUCAGAUAUAACUCAAGCUUGGAUUAAUCUUGACAGUGCUGAGCACGAGCGUGAGGUAUCACUGAGGAAAGAAAUAAUACGGCAAGAAAAACUGGAGAGGUUGGCGGAACGUUUUGCUCGUAAGUCUGAUCUUAGGAAGACUUGGUUGAGUGAAAUGGUUCAGGUUCUUAAUGAAAUGGAGAAGCAGACCGACAUGGAGGCAGUAGAUGCUGCCCUAAAGAGACAUGGUGCCAUAUCAACUGAAGUCACAGCUGGACAAGCACGAUUGAAAAUAGUUGCAUCAAUUGCUGAAGAUUUAAGAAAUGAAAGAUACCAUGCUAUUGAUGACGUCCAAGAAAAAGAGAAGGAAUUAAACGACAGCUAUCAGGAGUUGCUGGAGAAGUUAUCAAACUGUCAAAAAACUUUAUCAAAUGCUCACGAAGUGAUGGUCCUUUUUAUAGAAAUGGAUGACUGCCUGUCCAUGCUAUCUGAAUUCGAACACUCUCUUCAACUUGAAGAAUACGGCAAACACUUGUUAGGUGUUCAAGACCUGCUUCAGAAGCACACCAUAAUGGAGAGUGAGCUCACAUCAGUCGUUGAUAAAUCCAAAGGUCUUAAUGCACAAAUGGAGAAGUUCAUUCAAGACAAGCACCCAGAGAGCAGUGCUAUUAAGGAGAGACAGUCAAAGUUGGACACUGCUUGUGCCAGAGUUCAGGAAUGCUCAGCAACCAGACUCCAAAAACUAAAAGAGUCCCAAACAUUGUGUGAGUUCUUGUUGCAAGUUGAGGAGGAAGAAGCCUGGAUCAAAGAGAAGGAAGCUCUUUGCUCUUCGAUGGACUUUGGCAAAGAUCUCAACGCCGUCAUGCUCUCACAGCAGAAGCAUAAAGCACUGGAGAGAGACAUUGAGGGAAGGGAGCCUCACUUUAAAGCAAUAUGUGACAAAGGUUUGGAGCUGAAGGGGGUCGAAAUGCUGAGAUCUUCAACCAGCACCAGCUCCAUUGAGAGAUCAGCAGUAUCACGUUUCAAACUCCUCUCGGAGAAACAAAGCCGGACAGAUCUAUCAGUACAAAACAAGACAGUACAGAACCGGGUCUCAGGACUACAAGAGAAAUGGGACAAACUCAAGGACCUUCUCUCUCAAAGGAAAACAAAACUAGAAGAAGCUAUUCAAAGCCAAAAAUAUCAUGCUGAUGCUGAUGAAGCAGAGUCUUGGAUAAAAGAGAGAGAGCCGAUUGCGUCUUCCGAAGAUUAUGGAACAAGUGAAUUGUCAGCAAAAGCUCUGUUGCAGAACCACGAUCGUCUUCAGUUGGAGAUCAAAGCUUUUGGAAGUGAAAUUGAUAGACUGAAGGAACAGAGUAAAAGAGUGGCAAGCACUGCCUCUAGCACCACCACUUUUGAACCCAUUGCUGAGGACAGCAUUGAUGAAGAGACUGCCCCGGAGGAUGAAGAAGUGGAAAUUGAGGUGGAGAAGGAGAUAAUGGAGAAGAGAGAGGUGGAGAGAGAAGUAGAGGAAGAGAAGUCAGUCGCUCGUGUGAAAGCCAUUUACAAGCACCACGGACAAGGAAUGGGAUUUGAGAAAGGAGAGGUUUUUAUGCUUGUGUCAAAGUCCAACCCUGACUGGUGGUGCGUAAAGAGAGGUAAUGGGCAGCAAGGCUAUGUUCCAGCAAAUUAUGUGAAGGACAUUGAACCUAGUGUCAUCAAGACUAAAGUUGUAAAGAAGGUCAUUGAAGAGGUACCAGUGAAAAUAAAGGAGAAACAGAAAGUGAAGAGACGACUCCGCAAGCAAAAGGUAUCCAAAGGUCCCAGAGCUUUCUCAACUUAUGGUGGUUAUGGUCAAGUGAAGUUUGAAGGACAGAAUGUAGCCGCAAGACAGCAAGGGAUGAACACUGCUUAUGAAGGACUUCUCAGAGCAGCUGAAGAGAGAAGAAAAUGUCUGGAAGACUCAAUUAAAUUGUUUGGUCUCUCACGAGAGUGUGAUGAAGUGGAGGCUUGGGUCAGAGAGAAGGAAGCAGUUCUAAAAGGAGAAGAGAAAGGGAACACUAAGGAACAGCUGGACUCAAUGCAAAAGAAAUAUGAUGGACUCCUGACUGAGAUUGCUGCCAAUAGCGUGAGGGUCCAACAAAUAAAUGCAGCAGCUGCUAAAAUGUCUAAACUCGGACACUCUCAAGCCGAGCUGAUUCAUCAAAGACAAAAGCAACUUGAAGAAAAGUGGCAAUCACUGGAUUCAUGUAAAGCUAAAAAAGAGGAAGCUCUCUCAGUCACUAAGACACUGUACGACUUCCACCAGCUGUGUGAUGAGACCCAGGCCUGGAUUAAUGAAAAAGAUCAAUUGUUAUCAGUCGAUGAUAUUGGGCGAGACUUACCAGCUGUUCAAAAACUACAGAGACGACAUCAAGGUCUUGAGAGGGAGAUAGUCCCAAUGGAGGACAGGAUAGCUAAAUUGACUCAAAGAGCUAGUGAAGUGAUUAGGCAGUCGCCUCAGGACAGUCGUCAGGUCCAAAGUGUUUUAAAUGGCGUCUCUCAAUCAUGGGAAAGUUUAAAAACAAAAUCCGCUAACAGAAAACUUCAACUGGACAAUGCCCAGCUAAUGCACACUUUCAUGACUGACUCUAGAGAAAUGGUUGCUUGGUCUUCAGAGGUCGCUAAGCUCCUAUGCUCUGAAGAGCUACCACAAGAUGUUGAGAGUGCUGAAGAAGUCCUUGAGAGACACAGAGAGAUAAAAACUGACAUUGCAAAUAAACAAGAAUCUUUUGAUGCUUUACAGUCUCUCGGACGGCGUGUGGUACCCUCUGCCAAAGACCCUGAGCAGGUCCAGGAGAGAGUGAAGCAGCUCUCACAGGAAAUGGCAGAACUGAACGAGCUCUGGGAGAAGAGGAACAAACAACUUGUGCAGUGCAGUGAACUACAGUCUUUCCUGAGAGAUGCUGAGCAAAUUGAUUCUGCCACGACAGCUCAAGAAGCAUUCUUAUCCAAUGAUGACUUAGGAAAUUCAGUUGACACUGUGCAAGUACUGAUGAGGAAGCAAGAGGAGUUUGAUCACACAUGCCAGGCUCAUGAUGAUAAAAUAAAGCAGCUCUGUGACUCUGCCAAUAAACUGAUACAUGGUGGGAACUACGAUAUACCAAAGAUUGCUAAGCGUAGAGAUGAGGUCGUUGAAAAAAGGCAGAAAGUUAAAGCACUGUCAGCUGAAAGAGCAAAGCAACUCUCAGACUCUAUGGCCUGGCAGGAGUUCUGUCGUGAAGCUGAUGAGGUUAAUUCAUGGAUUCACGAGAAGCUUCAAACUGCAACGGACGAGAGUUAUAAGGACCCGACUAACCUUGAAAGUAAAAUGCAGAAACAUCAAGCAUUUGAAGCUGAGAUUGCUGCCAAUAAAGCAAGAAUGGACGCUGCUUGCAAGAUGGGUAAUGAGUUGAUGGCUGCUAAUCAUUUCAAGUCAAACAAAGUCCGUGAUAUCACUCACCAGGUAACUCAAGACUGGGACAAACUAACCUCAGCCUCCUCCGACAAAGGUUUGAGGAUAAAGCAAGCCCUUGAUCUUCAGCUCUACCAAAGAGCUUGUGAUGAACAGUUGGCCUGGAUAUCUGAAGCUGAGAAGCAACUGGAGAGCGAAGAAAUAGGAAAAGAUUUGCAGAGUGUUAGGUUCUUGUUGAAAAAACACGAACAAUUGGAGGCUGACAUUCGCUUUCAUGGUGAGCAAGUGAAGUCAUUGCAUGGAACUGCUGAUAAGUUAAGCAGUGAAGAUCAUUUUGAAAAGGGAAAGAUAGCAGAGCUGAAGAAGAAGCUAAGUGAUCGAAUUUCUUCACUCAAAGAACCCUGCGAGAGUCGCAAGCAAAGACUCGACGAGUCCCUCAAACUGCAGCAGUUUUAUCACGAGGUGGAAGAUGAGCAGCAUUGGAUAAAGGACCACACCCCUCUCGCCAGCUCAGACGACUAUGGGAAAAGCUUACAAGAAGUUCAAAACCUUCAAAAGAAGCACCAGAUAUUAUUCAACGAUAUAUCAAGUCACGAGCCAAGCAUUGAAAAGGCCAAGGAGCAAGGAGAGAGCCUCAUGGCUGAGGGUCAUUUUGCUAGUGAUGAUAUCCAACAGCAGCUGUUGGACUUACAGUCGUGCUGGAGACAACUCAAACUCCUGGCAUCAAGAAGAUCACAGAAACUAACAGACUCACUUGAAGCUCAGAAAUUUUAUCAAGGUGCCAGUGAGGCUGAUGUGUGGAUGAAUGACAGAGCUGGAGCAGCUGCUUCUCAAGACUAUGGCAGAGAUGAAGACGCUGCUAUCAAACUCCUCAAGAAACACAAAGCUCUUAGUGAAGAAGUGGAGAGAUAUACCGAAGUAGUGGACAAACUCGGAGAGGAUGCCCAAUCACUGAUAAAGAAUGACCACUUUGACAGUCCUAAUAUUGGAAUUAGAAAAUCUCAGUUAGAAGAGCAGCUCUCUGGUCUUCAGAUGUUAGUAGCUGCCAGAAGCUCUAAGCUUGAGGAGUCUAUAAAACUCCAUCAGUACAUCAGAGAAGCCGAUGACGUUAUAUCCUGGCUUGAAGAGAAACAAUCUCUGGCUGCUUCUGACGACUAUGGAAAAGACUACGAUCAUUUACUAGUUCUUCAGAAGAAGUUGGACGAGUUCAAACGUGAUGUAAAUGCUAGCAGCGAUCGCUACACGUCAGUCAAUAAGCUAGCAAGACAGCUAGUGGCUGAGGGUCACUCUGACACUGUUGUCAUCAAAGAAAAACAAGACCAAAUGAGAGAGGGUUGGGCUACUUUGCAAGACGCCCUUCAAAGUCGUGCAAAGAAAUUAGCCGAAGCGUCAGAAGUUCACAGGUUUAACAGAGACGCCAAAGAGAUCCAAAGCAGAAUAAAGGACAAAGAAAACACGGUCUCAUCUUCUGAUCUUGGUAAGAGCAUUAGCAGCGUACAAGCAUUGCAACGUAAGAUGGAGACUUUUGAAAGAGAAGUUGCUGCACUUGGAACAAAAGUUAGAGAGUUAGGCAAUGAGUGCCUACGUUUGGCUGCCACACAGAGUGGGUCUGCUGCCCGUAAUGUGGAGGAUCUAAUGAACAACGUACAGACAGCAUGGGAAGCACUCCAAGCUGCAACUGCCAGCAGAAAAAGGAAACUAAAAGCUUCACUUGAACUACAGAAAUUUCUUAGCUCGGUAAGGGAUCUUAUUCUGUGGAUGAAGGACACUGCAGCUCAGAUAUCAAGCGAUGAAGCUGUCACUAGCGUAGCUGCUGCCAAAGAGCUACUGGACAGACACAAUCAAGUCAAAGCAGAGAUUGAUGCAAGGGAAGAGUCAGUACAAAAGAUAGUGAAGACUGGGAACAAGAUGGUACAGCAGGGACACUAUGCAAAGGCUGAAAUUCAGUCCAAUGUGUCUGAUCUUAAGGCUGAAAGUCAAAAGCUACAAACUCUUUGGCAGGAGCAGAAGGCUUUGUUUGAUCAGAAGCUUCAGUAUCAGCUCUUCCAAGAAGAAGUGGACAGUCUUGAGGCUACUUGCAACUCACACGAGGUUCAGCUCCUGCAGGAUAAAUUAGGAGAAUCAGUUGAUGAAUGUGAAGUACUAAUGAAGAAACACGAUGCCUUUGAGAGACUUAUCCUUUCACAUGAUGAAAAGGUUUUAGAGACUUGUAAAUUUGCUGAUGAGCUUUGUAGCAAUGGCCACCUCGAGGCAGACAGUAUUCGCUCUAGGAAGAAUGCUCUCAAAGAAAAGAGACAGAGAGUGAAGAAAGCAGCAGAACACAGAAGAAACAGACUUGAUGAGUGCCACAAGUACAUGGUCCUUGUACAAAAUGUGAACGAAGCAGAAUCCUGGAUAAGAGACAAGCUCCAGAUGACAAAGGAUGAGAGCUAUCGGGACUCUGACCUCGAGAGCAAGAAGAAGAAGCAUCAGGAGUUUGAGGCUGAAGUGAAUGCCAACGAGCAAAGAAUACAAACCAUUGCUCAGGAUGGUGAGAGCCUUAUUGAUGUUGGUCAUUAUGCGGCAGAAGAGAUUGAGGGACACGUUGAAGGAUUAUUUAAACUUUGGGAAGAACUACAAGUUGCUACUGAUGAGAAGGCACAGUCGCUUGAGGAAGCCAUUUCACUUAUGCAGUUUAAGAGAAAGGUUGACAGUCAACAGGUCCUCAUGUCAGAAAAGGCUGCCAUAGCAUCUUCUAAAGAAAUUGGACAUGAUCUAGAGCACUGUGAAACUAUUAUCAAAAAAUUCAGCGAUUUUCAGAAAGAGCUCCUCAUUGAUAAAUCUUAUGUUGAUGAGAUCAACCAGCUGGCAGCUAAACUGAUCAAUGAAGAGCACAGCUCCUCUCAAAUUAUAAUGGAGCACAAAGACACGGUCAAUUCAACGUGGGAGGAGUUACAAGAACUAGUGAAGGAGAGACAAGCACAACUGCUAGGUGCUAAAGAGGUUCAUAAGUUCAUUAAUGAGGCCACAGAUACCAACGACCGCAUGAACGAAAAAGCCAAGAGUCUUCAAGGAGACGAUCACGGGAAGGAUCUUGCUGGGGUUCAGGCACUCCUGCGCCGUCACGAAGAGCUAGAGAGAGACCUGACUGUCAUUGAGGAUAAACUGGACCAUUUAGAUAAAGAAUCAGAGAGACUGAUAGAGAGUCAGCCUGAUUCAGCUGACCUCCUUCAAGAGAAACUGUCAGAGAUUAUUGAGAGCUGGGAAAAACUGAAUGAAAAGGCAGAUCAAAAGAAAGCCAUACUUGAAGAAUCACUGAUAUAUCAGGAAUUCCUAGCAGACUUAAGAGACUUGUUGGCGUGGGUUAGUGACAUUAAUAAAAGGAAUACAUCAGAAGAGCUGGCACGUAAUGUUGCUGAGGCCAGCACACUCCUUGAGACACACAAAGAAAGAAAGAAAGAAAUGGAAGGUAGAGAGGAGACAUUUCAGAAAAUACACCAAACAGGAGAGAAACUCAUUGAGGAGAAGCACUUUGCUUCAGCUGAGGUACAGGCCAAACUUUUGACUCUUUCAGAGGAGAACCAAAACAUGAAUAAAAUAUGGAGCGAAAGACAGAAUCUGUUCCAGCAGGGCAAGGAGCUUCAGCUAUUCUUACUGUCUGCUGAACAAAGAGAUGUAUGGAUUGGGACACAAGAAGCUUAUCUUGCUAAUGAGGACCUUGGGGAUUCAUUAAGUUCUGUUGAGUCAUUGCUAGCCAAACACUCAGACUUUGAGAAGUUCUUACUAAAUCAAGAAGAGAAGCUGUCACAACUGAGUGAGCAUGCAGCUCAGCUUAUAAGCGAUGGACACUAUGAGUCUCCAGCCAUUACUUCAAGAAGAGAUGCUGUUCUUGGAAGGUACAAUCGUCUGAAGCAACUCUCACAGCAAAGAAUGAAAAAGCUUCAAGACUCGAGCAAACUUCAAGUUUUCCUUCAAGAAGUGACAGAGGUUGAAGGAUGGAUUGGUGAGAAGACUCAAAUUGCUUCCGAGGAGUCUUUCCUUGACAUGACAAAUCUUCAGAGUAAACUUCAGCUUCAUCAAGCCUUUGAGGCAGAGUUGACCGCAAAUCAAGAUCGUGUUGAUUCCAUUCAAAAAGCUGGUGUUGAUCUGAUAGACACCAAUCAUUAUGCCUCACAGCAGAUCGGUCAAUGCAUUGACAGGGUGAACAGCAAUUGGCAGACAUUGCUAGAAAAAUCAACUGACAAAGGUCAAAAACUGAAACAGCUUAGAGACCUGCAGGUAUUUGAACAAGAAGUAGAAGAUGUUGAGGAUUGGAUCGCUGACAUGGAGAAACAGUUAGCCUCUGAAGAUUUUGGCCGUGAUCUCAUUUCAGUUAAUAAUCUCCUCAAAUCACAUACUAUGCUGGAAAAUGACAUACAGGCUCAUCAGGACAGAGUUGAUGACAUUCAAAUUAAAGUCCGUCACUUUGCAGAUGACAAUCACUUUAUGAUUGAGAGGAUCGAAGACAGAGGAAGGGGACUAAUGACAAAGUAUUGCAAUCUUGAGGAUCCUAUGUCUAAUCGUCUGAAGCAGCUGGAGAGUUCCCUCCAAUAUCACAAGUUCAUUCACAACGUUGAGGUCGAGUUGAAUUGGAUACAGGAGAGACAGCACCAAACAGCAAGCACUGACCUUGGAAGCAACUUGACUGGAGUACAGAAACUUAUUACUAAACACGAGGUCCUUAUGAAGGAGUUAGGCAGCCAUGAGAGUGUUAUCAAGUCUCUCUCAGACGAAGGGAAUGAGCUCCUUCAUGCUAGUCAUUUUGCUGUUGUACAGAUACAGCAGGCGCUCCAGAAACUAACAGACUCAUGGGAGGAUGUGAACAUGCAGGCAGAGGAAAGGAGAAAGAGCUUGAAUGACUCAUUACACCUUCAACUAUAUUACUCAAAAGCAGCAGAAGCAGAGUCCUGGAUGAAAGACAAGAGACCAUUAGCAGCCAGUAAGGAAUAUGGUAAAGAUGAGGAUAGUACGCUGGGACUCAUGAAGAAACACGAUACCUUCCAGCAGGACCUUGACUUGUACCGUCCAAAACUCGAUGAGCUUUCCUCAGAGAGUUCCUCAAUGAUUGCUGCAUGUCACUAUGACUCACAAGCCGUGCACGAGAAACAGAGUCUCUUGGAGAAGCAAUUUGAGGAGUUGAAGAGCUUGUCUUCUCACAGAAACAAGCGAUUGAUGGAAACAAGACAGCUCCAUGAGUACAACAGGGAAUGUGAUGAAGUGACCAAGUGGAUGAGAGAAAAGGAAGUGGUUACCUCUUAUGAGGAAACGGGACGUGACCUUGAACACGUUGAGAUACUGCAAAAAAGAUUUGCUGAUUUUGUUCGUGAUCUGAUGAGUUCUGGUGACCGGAUUGAUCAAGUGCUGACAAUGGCUAAGAGAUUGACUGACAAUGGACACACAGAUAUGCGUCAUAUCAGUGAGAGAAAAGAAGCUGUCAUUACUUUAUGGAAGCAGCUCAAAGAACUAGCAAAUGCUCGUACUGAAGCCCUAGCUAUGGCAAAGAAGAUACACACAUUCAAUCGUGAGGCUGACGAUAUGACCCACCAAAUAACAGAAAAGAGAAAGGCUAUACACAGUGAUGAUUACGGCAAAGAUUUGGCAGUUGUACAAUCACUUCAAAAGAAGCACAAUGGCUUUGAGCUUGAUCUUGCUCCAUUGGCACAAAGAGCAAAGCAGCUAGCAGCUGAUGCCAAGAGUCUAAGGAGCCUGUAUCCUGACGGAGCAUCACAGAUCAAAGAGAAGGAAGAACAAGUGACAGCAGCUUGGAAGGAACUUAUAACAAGGACUCAGCAAAGAAAAGAGAAACUAGGACAGGCCGAGGAAUUGCAAAGAUAUUUGAAUGAAUUCCGUGAUCUCAGUCUGUGGCUAAGUGACAUGAGGUCUGUCAUAUUAGCCGACGAGUUGCCACACGAUGUCACCGGAGCAGAAGAACUGAUACAGCGCCUGCUGGAACACAAGACAGAGAUUGACGCCAGAAAAACGAGCAUUAACCUCUUCCUUAGGAAAGGGAAGAAACUUGUAGCCAGUAACCAUUAUGCAAAAGAUGAAAUACAAGAGAAGAUGAGUUAUCUUGAAGACCUCCACAACAAGGUCCUCCAGCUUUGGGAAAUGAAGCACGAUGAGUACGAGGAGCACUUGGACAGUCAGAAAUUCAAACAGGACUCUGACCAAGCUGAAGCAUGGAUUGCAGCUCAAGACGCUCUCAUGAAAGAUGAUGACUUUGGAGAGUCGCUUGAUGCUGUUGAGAAAAUGCUCAAAUCACAUGCAGACUUUGAGAAAAUGGUGAUGAGGCAAACAGAAAGAUUCCAGCAGCUAACAAGAGAGACAAAGACGGAACAGAAAGAAAGAAAAAAGAGAGAGGAAGAAGAGAAGAGAAGGAAAGAGGAGGAACGUAAGAGAGAAGAGGAAAGGAAGAGAAGAGAGGAAGAGAUACGGAGACAAAUGGAGGAAGAGGAGAGACAGAGAGAGGAAGAAAGACAAUUAGAACUGCAGAAAAUUAGAGAAGAGAAAGAAAGAGAAGAGGAAGAAAAAGAAGAAGCGAUGAGGCAACAAAGGGAACAAGAAAUGAAAGCCAAACAAGCAGAGGAAGCCCUCAGGAAAUCUCCACCGCCCACUGCUAGUGGCCCUACUAUGAAAACAUCACCCUCAGGGCUAUAUGAUAUACCACGAAGCCAGAAAGAGCAGCAAAUUUAUAAAGAAGGAUUCCUCCAGAGGAAGAAUGAGUUGGAUGAAGGAGGAAGGAAGGCUGCUGCUAGAUCUUGGAAGGCACAUUUCACUGUUUUGACUGGAACUCAGUUGCAUUUUUAUAAAGACAAAAAAGAGUCACAAAUUGGUACUAAUGAUGCUCCACCCAUUAGCGUUGUAUUAGGGACUUGUCAAGAGGCAAAGGAUUAUAAGAAGAAGCACACCUUUAGAUUGACUCUACCCAGUGGAGCUGAGUAUUUGUUCUUAGCUGAUAGUGAUGACGAAGUAUCCAGUUGGGUCACUUGCAUUUCAUCAGUGAUCAAAGCAUCAUCUCGUGUUUACGAGGGAAGGUCCCAGGUAGUGACCACACCCACUCAUGUUAGUAAGGAGGGCGGGGCUGCAACCCCUGUGAUGAGUGGUCAAACUGAAGGAGAACCUGGAGCCACUGGACAGGAAGGAGAGAAAAAGAAAAGACGUUUUACUAAAGUUUUUAAGAAGAACUAAACCCGCUACCCAUUGUUAUAGUAUUAGACGCAAGAUUUUAUAGUCUAAGGACAUUUAUAGUAUUAAAGAUAUUUUUAUACUUUUUUA